AUGGCUAUCUCAAUAGGACUUAAAACAAACACACAUCUUCUAAUCUGCUCGGAAACAAUACUAACAAGUAGUGGCAUCAUAAAAAUAAAGGAGGAUGACGAAUACACAGCUAAUAUCUCUGGCAGCCUUGUAUGCAUAACAGGAGAGCAAGGAGAUUCGUUCAGGACAGUAUCAUUGCUAGAACAAUACUCAAAACUCCUCUCCAUGAAAUACAAGGAGAAAAUAGGCCCCGAAUUACUAGCAAGAUUACUCUCAUCUGAGAUAUAUGAGUCACUUAGGAGUAGGCCAUUGGAAGUACAAGGAAUAGUAGGGGGUAGGAGUGAAGACAAUACACUCAAGCUAUUCGGAAUAGAUAAAUAUGGAGCAGUGCAUGAAGACAACUUUGUUGUUACUGGGUAUGGUCUAUAUUUCCUGUUUGGAAUAUAUGAUAUGAUGUACAAGAAGGACAUGAGUGAGGAAGAAGCCUUAAGUCUUAUUCGCAACUGUUUAAAAACCUUAAAGGAGAGACUAGUCCUCGAGACAGACAAGUGGAAAUUAGAUGUGAUAGGGCCUGAAGGUGCUAGAAGUGAGCUUGUUGACUUAAGUAAAUGA